AUGCUCUCCACCAUCCUCCUCCUCCCCCUCGCCGCCGGCCUCGCAGCCGCCCAAGGCUUCGCCGCCCAGCUCUACGACGGCAACUUCUGCGACCCCAACGCCGGCUUCAACACCGUCACCGGCGCGGGCGGCUCGGAGUGCUCGCAAACGGGCGCCAACACGCACGCUUUCAUGCUGCUGAGUCAACCUGAGGGGUGCACGGGGGAAAGGAGGAGAGGGGUGAAGGGUUGGCAAGAUGUGUUGCUGACGAUGAUGUAG